AUUGAAUUUGUGCCAAGUCAGUUGAACUAACAUGGUUGAUAAUCUUUUUGUAACAAGGACAGUAUAUAUAAAAAACACGUAUAGUGUGUUGAGGUAUACCGAAAGUUAAUUACUUAAUUAACACAAAAAUGUUUGUAAGAAACAAAUAUCAGUAACGCUAAUGUCUUUUAAACAAUACGUGUACAUUUUAUGUAAAUAAAGGGCCCCGCGUGAUGAAUGGGUUUCGGUUAAUUAAUUAUGAAAUAAUUGACAUGAAGCUAUAUAAUCGAACUAUGAAGUGCAGCCCCGUUUUAACUCACUAUCGACGAGUUGAAGUCCCAGUAAGCAAUAAAAUAUAUUUUAAUUUUCCUUUAUGUUUUAUGCUUUUCAGAUAAUACGGAAUAGAAACAUAAAAAGUAAUGUAUAUGGCAAGUGCUAAAACAUCGAUUGUGCGUUCAAAUUAUUUUAAAAACAAACCCUGAAAAUAAUAGACAUUAUUCGUGAGUGCACGUGUUCUCAGUUCUCACACAUUGAAAGAAUAGUUAAAAUGUUUUCAUUUUGUGUCUUGUUAUCAAAGUGUGUCAAGUUUAUUGUAUCUGUCUAGGAAUGCGAAUGUUUUCAAAUUGCUUGCCCUUAACAUUUGCAUAUUAUUACAUUAUAGUCCACAUUAAUUUCUUUGAGAACCUACUUCCGAUACACCUAAUAAUUAUUUCAAUAAACCUAAUUAAAAUACAUAAAGUUUUCUUUAAACUUUGGUUGUUGAGCCAAAUUCCACUGAAGCAACGAAACGGCAAAGAAUGUAAAAUAUGUAAAUGUAUUGGGUACUAAAAUAAAUCAACGUCCACUCAUGAGAGUCUAGUAGGUACGAGUACAGUGACGCUGAAGCAUCGUCAUCUGUACGAGUGGCGCACACGUUUCUUGUUGAAUAACUACUACGGGCUUAUUUUCAAACUGAGACGAUUGUGUGCCCACAUACUUGUAGCAUCGACAUAUUUCAACGUCCAGUGAUUAAUGUAUUUUCUAUUAUGGCAAUUGAUCGUAGUGCGCAUGCGACGAAUUGUAUUAUUAGAGGGACGCUAAACGUGAUCACACGGGUUCGUCGGUUGGGCCGACUCACGAGUUAAGUGCUCGCCGUGCUUUCAAUGCAAACUAUGUGCUGUCUACGCUAAAGCGCUUCAGUUCCAUGUGUUCUUUUUUACGUAAAUAAGAAAAUAAAAGUGUAUGUUUGAGUUGUGAAAAAAGUGACGGAAAGAUGACCCCCAAUAACUGUGAUAUUGAUAAAAAUGAAAACCUAAGGGCAACAAAUGUAACCACCUUCGAACUAGGAUCCGCCAAAACUACUCAUCCUGAGAAAAAUGAAAAGAAAAUAUUUCUUCGAAAGUUGUUGCAGACACUUCCCUCUGUGUCCGAAUUAAAACAAUACGUCGGCGUCUUUCUUUGUGGAGUAACGCUAUGGGGUUCAUCAUGGUUCUUAUUAAAAGACUCCGUGCUCCCAGACGGAUACUUAUUCAAAAUGGCCGGAGUAGUCAUAGCAGGGUAUAUGUUUGGUCAAACACUAGAACGAUACACCACAAUCAAUCCAGUCGUCGGGAUGACGUUAACUGGAGCGCUUUAUAGAUAUUUUGGACCACCGAACUUUCUAGAAAGUCCCACAGCUGAUCUCAUUGAUUUUCAUUUAAGGCGAAUCUACCCCGUCAUUAUCCUGACGAAGGGCCCGCUCACUUGGAACUGGGAAUAUAUAAAAAAUAAUUCAGUAAAAGUUUUCUCAUUGGCCACACUGCCUUGGACCGUCGAGUGUUUAUCUACCGCCUUCUUCGCCCACAUACUACUCGAGUUUCCUUGGUACUGGGGCUUGCAUCUGGGAUCCAUCUUAGCAUCAGUGUCGCCAGCAGUAGUUGUGCCAACAGUGAACGGUUUCUCUGCAAGAGGUCUAGGAACCAAAAACCAAAUAGCACUCCUUGUAGCGAAUGCCGGAGGUCUUGACACUGCAUUCACAGAAGGCGUGUGUGGAGUCAUUAAUAGUGCCAUAUUUUAUCCAGCGCCACUUGUUUACAGGAUUGUAAAGGGUUUGCUGGCUAUAUUCGUCGGUAUCGUCGUCGGAAUAUUCUGGGGAGUGUUAUCAGACAGUCUGCCGGAUCACAGUGACAUAUACGCGCCAACUAUACGAAGCCUGCUCAUUUUUGGUGGCGGUGUAUUGUUGACUUACGCCGGUGGAUAUCUCGGAUGGGGUGGUACCUCGGGUGUCGCAAUCAUGGUGUGCGCAGGCGCCGCGGCCACACGAUGGGCCCGAAGAGACUGGCCGAUCGCCGAUAACCCCGUCUGGGAGGUCUACAAGCUGCUAUGGAGGAUAUUCGAGCCCAUGCUCUUCACCCUGAGCGGGUAUUUCUUAGAUGUUUCACAAAUAAACGUGAAGGAGCUAUGCCUAAUCCUGGGAUGUAUCUCCGCGGCACUAGUGCUGCGGCUGCUGACAGCAUUCCUGGUAGCACUGGCUAACGAGCUGUCGAUCAAAGAGAGUCUUUUUAUCGCCGUCACUUGGAUACCUAAGGCUAUUGUAGAGGCAGUCCUCGUGCGGGUUGCAAUGGAUUCCCUGUGGGUGGACGCUACUUCAAAAGACAGGCGGAUAGCUACGCAGCACUCGAAUAUAAUCGUUAUUGCAAUACUGAUAACGUCUACUUUAGGGUCUGUGCUGACGACGGCGUUAGGACCUGUCCUUCUCUCGCACGACUCAAGGGUCGCCCCUGAAGCCUUAUUGGAGCUCGUGUCGUCACGUUACUAAGUUUGAUAUACGAUAAGGCGUGUUGAUACUAUACCGCGGAGACACUGUGGAAAAUACUCGCAAAGUACAUUAAUUUUGCACAGCGUAGUCUUUAUACCUAUAUAAUACUAUUUUCUACUAAAUUAUACCCGAGCUUCUGUACUAAAAAUGUACUCCUAAACUGCGGAUUUGAAAUACAAUAGGUACUCAAUAAAUUGUAGCUGUUUCCCCCAGUUCUUCUUACUCUCGUACCCUUCACGAAAUCGGUUUCUAAACACUGAAAUCCCACACUCCCUUUAGAACCCACAGCGCUAGGGAUAUUAUGAUGAUUUCCCAUAGAAUCGUAUGCUUUUAUAGGUAUCCCAUUUUCGUCUCGUUUAGUUGCGUUCAAUGAACUAACUUAUUUCAAUUUAUCUCACUUUAUUUCAUCAACGUGUUUUUUUUUUCAACCAGUUCAUAAUCAACUAACUGUUUGACUGUUCUUGUUGUGAUUUUUUUAAACAAAUACGACUCUGUAUUGAAACCCUGACCUGAGAUAAAAAGCGUUACGAUUAUAUCACUUUAAAGUAGCAAGAAAAAAAAUGAAACCUGAUUUCUUAGUCUUUUUUGUACCAAUCAUUCAGUUAUGUUUGGCGGCCUUUCAUAGGUAAUGACUAUGUAACGUACUUAUUACAGCUUUCAUAACGUUUUUUUUUUUCGAUGGUCUACACUUAUGACCUAUUUUUGAUCAGAAUUCAAUUAUUAUCAUCGGAAAGAAAAAAUCGUGGCCAGACGUUUUCUUUAUUUGCCGGAUUGGGUCAUAAUCAUGUUUGUAACGUCUUCCCAUUCAAGUAUUUCGUGAAAAGAAAAUCCCAAUUGGGAUAAAUAUCUGUGUUUCGAAAACAAAUUAAAGUAAGCUAUUUAAUAGUAAGCUAAAUAUAAACCUGUCAGGUUCACACUUAUUUUCCCCCUCACAGACUUUUUCAAGAUAAAGUCAUAAUUUAUUUACAUCUUCUAUCUGUGCGUACGAGUAU